AUGACCUCCAUGGAGUUCGAUUUGAAAUCGCCACCAGGAGCAGUUUCUCCCAAUCCAGCGCUCAUCACUGUGUUCAACACCUUGCAAAUGGCGGGGCUAGUCCUUCUCCUUGUCGUAUUCCUGACUGCAAGGCUAGCGCCGACUGUCAAACGGUCCCCAGCUUGGUACAACAUCAUCAUUGCCUGGAUCAUCUCCUCAUCCUCCUCUCUCUUGCUCAUGGGACAGCAAACAGGGCGCAUGCCUCCAUUUGGGCUAUGCCUACUCCAGUCGAUGUUGAUUUACGCGGCUCCCGCAAUGUACGAUACGUCAACCCUCUCAGAUAAUCGUCACUGA